GAUGUGAAUAGGGUGCAUGGCAAUAAACCAAAAAUAGAAGCAAACAAACACAUUUUGGUGGAAAAAUGGAAUAAAAACACAAAUUGAAUAAAUUUAAUGACAAAAGAAAAACAAAUUUUAUUUGGCAUACAUUUCAGUGGCAUUUGAAUUCAAUUAAAAAAAUAAAAUAUAUAAACAAAAACAACAACUAUGGCAUUUUUGUGUCCAGUGCGUAUGAGGCGUGACAAAAAGAAAGCCACCAAUGCAAACAUUGAACGUGAUUUACCCUUGCCUGGCGGUGUUACUGUUGGCCUAGGUCGCAUCACUGGUUCUUCCAGUAUUGAAACAUUGGUCAGGGUGGGCAUUGAAAAGGAACAUGGCUUGAGUCCCGAUUCCAAAAUGGUUGUCCUACACGACUUCACACCCUGUGUGGACGAUGAGUUGGAGGUAAAACGUGGCCAAGUGGUCAACAUACUCUAUCGUGAAAAUGAUUGGGUCUAUGUCAUUGGUGAAGAUUCGCGGCAAGAGGGCUUUAUACCCUACUCCUAUUGUGCGCCCUACAAUACCCAGUUAGCUGAUAUGGCCAUUAAAAAGAAACUACCGCGUGGCGAAGGUGGUGGUGGUAGUGGCGCUGGGGAGCAUAGUGAAACCAUACCUUUGAUCCAAUCCAAUGACAAUGCCAAACUGGAUUUAAUUGAAGAGGUCAACAACGCCCAGGCGGCAUUGAAAAAUGCCGUGGCUGAACUCAACUCCCCACUUCUAAUGGAUGCCGGAGAGUGUACCCCUUUCCACAAGGAACCGAAUGGUCGUUAUAUUGUUCUCUACACUUUUAUUGCACGCGAUGAAAAUGAUUUAUCUGUGGAGAGGGGAGAAUUUGUGACACUCCUAAAUCGUGAUGACAGCGAUUGGUUUUGGAUUGUUCGCAGCGAUGGCCAGGAGGGCUUUGUGCCCUCAGCAUUUAUAUAUCCAGCUGAUAGUGUGCUCCAAACACAACAGAAACUGAUGGAAAAUUCCCUUAGUAAAUCAAAUGGACAAAUAUCAACGGGUUCAGGUGCGGCCCAGGGUAAUUUGAAUUCCUUAAGCCAACCCGUAACCAUGCCAAGUGCUAACACAAAUGGUGGUGUUGAGAAUACCUUGCAGCCAACCCAGCAGCAGCAACAACAGACACAGCAAAAUUCCCAGAAUUCUACGGCACAAAUUCCCGCCGAUGAUGUUCGUUAUGGCACGGAGCUGGUCAUGCUUUAUGAUUAUAAGGCCCAGGCUCCCGACGAUUUGAGUGUGAGACGCGGUGAUUGGAUAUAUGCUGAUCUAAAUAAUCAAACAGUCGAUGGUUGGCUAUGGUCUUAUGCCCCGAAGACAAGAAAAUAUGGAUUUAUUCCAAAAGCCUAUGCUAGGCCACCUGCCAUGACAAGCCUUUAAAAUUGUAUUCCAAAAAAAAACGUACAAUAUAAUUGCAUUUCUUUUAAUUACUAUUUCAUUUUUGAGUAAUACUUUUAUUAAUAAUAUUUUGCAGCUAAAUAUAUAUUAAAAAAAUA